GUUUUCACCCACGGCAUGUGGAGGUUCCCAGGCUAGGGGUCAAACUGGAGCUGCAGCUGCCAGUCUACACCACAGCCACAGCAACACAGGAUCUGAGCCACCUCAUCUGUGACCUACACCACAGCUCGUGGCCAUGCCAGAUCCUUAACCCACUGAGGGAGGCCAGGGAUUGAACCCGCGUCCUCAUGGAAGCUAGCCAGGUUCGUGACCAUUGAGCCACAACAGGAGCUCUCAUCUCCACUACUUAUUAAUUUGUGCAACCUCAAGCCAAUCACUUACCUUUUGUGGUUGUUUUGCAGAUUCAAUGGGCUGAUAUAAGCAAAAACCCAGGCAAAUAAAAAUGCUCCAUGAAUGGUAGCUGCUGUGGUUUUUGUUGUUGUUAUUACUCUACUACAGUGGAAAAUGACUGCUGCUGGGAGGCAUUAGUAGUGAAACAAUCAAAUUAGGAAAAAACAUUUUUUUAUUAGUCAAAUCAUUCCUACUUUUAUUACUUAGCAUUUAAUUUAAAGCUAUUUAUACUGCAAUUAGCUUGGCAAUCGUAUUUCUCAUUCAUGACAACUGGAAGGGUAACCUUAUUACUCCCAUCCUCUAGAUGAGGAAAAGGCAACAUUUCCAUCUAUUCUGUCUCCAGCUUCUAUGAUUCUAUGAUUAAAGGCACCUGCAAUCAUGUUCCUUCGUUGCCUGUGAAAAAUGAUAUUCCACACAGAUGGCAAAUGCAGGAAAGAAGAAUUAACAAGCGCUUGCUAGCAACCCCAAAUAACAUCUAAAUAAUCACGUCUGGACAUCUGAAGUCCUGGCAAACAAGUUCCAAUUUAUAUAAAGGUGUUGGAAAGGAUUAAGGAAAAGUGAACACAUACAUGUGUCUUUAUCCUCAUCCGUUUAGGAAAUGUCUGACACAGCCUGGAAAUUCUUUUUGAAACCCAGACUGAAAAAUGGUUCGCUUCCUCUUUGAAGGCUCCUCAAUUAGCAGAAAGAAACAGACUCACAUGUCCUGAUACUUUAUCUUGGAUCAGAGUUAGAAUGUAGAAGAGAUUUAAGAUGGAGAGACCCAGCUCAGUGCUUCUCGAUCAAGGUCCCUGAAAAGCCUGCGAACGGUGGGCAAGUCCACACGUGCAGCAAACACACCCCGACACUGAGGAAUGGCUUGCCUGUAAAUGCAAUUCUGUCACAUGUAUAGAGUUUUCAUGAAUGAAAUACAAAUGCCUCUAGACGGACCACUGAAUUCACAGUCACUGUAUCUAACCACUGUUACCUGGGCUGUGUCGUGUUCAUACUCAAAAAGGGUAGGAAACACUGAUCGCGUCCAACCCUCUCAUUUCAUUCAUGAGGUCCCAGCAGAUCUUGGGGACAGUGGGACUCCAGGUUUUCCAAUUCUCAGAAAAUUGUCCUACCCUCCCUCCUUAGAUAUGUUCCAGAAUGUUCUACAUCUUCUAAACCUUUCCUUUUCUUCCUUUCCCUCCUCUCCCUCCCUAGAUAUGUUCCAGAACGUUCUACAUCUUCUAAACCUUUCCUUCUCUUCCUUUCCCUCCCCUCCUCAACUCCCCAGUUUCUACAUUUAAGGUUGGCAGCAUUCAAUCCCUUUCAAGCUCUGUGCUCUGAGAGUACCUUCACUGAGAUAUUUAGCCUCAAUAUGAAAUGUAAAUACAGUCACCAAGGUACUAAAACAAGCAAUGUAUUAAGUAUAUAAAAUAUGCAUAUGCGUAAAUGUAGCUUACAGCUAAAACCCUAGUACUUGUAAUGUCUAUGCAAAAGAUAAAUGGGAAUUGUUAUGAAUAAUAAUUUUAUUUACCCUGGAUCUGUCAACACCAACAGGCUGUUAACCCCCAGCAUACCAACUUUUCAAAAUGCUUUUGCAUCUAUUAUUAUUUCCUUUUAUUGUCCCAGUGGCUCACUAGGAUGUAAGUGCUACUGAAGCACCAAAGAACUUAAGUGCCCCAAGGAAAAGUUAUCCAUUUGAUCCACUUUUCCCCAGGUUCCUAGAACAGUGCCUGACACAUGGUGGGCAUUCAAUAAAUACUGGUUGACUGAGUGAAUGACAGAGGUAAACAGAGACGGUAGGUUUAUUUAUCCCUGUAGCCUGCGUAGAGUUUUAUUUUUAUUUGAGGAAAAUGGAAUGAUCCAUAAGGGAAGAACUGAGUUCCUAAAAAUCUCUUUUCAGUCUUCAAUUCCCCUUUAAUAUUUGCCAUAAUAUCCUUCCCUCACAUAUUUAUUUUAGUUUAAUUCUUCAAAGUUAUAAAAUACACUCACUCCAGGCAAAUCAGAUUCUACCAACACAUAAAGACGAAAAAAGGUGGAUUUUUUGCACUAAAAGAUAAACUUUUAAGUUCUUUUUGUCCCCCCGUAUCCUAAAUAAAUAUCUUCCUCAAUAUUUAUGUCCUUAGUUCAAGAGGAUUGGUUGUCUUUUUCCCUCCUGAAGAUUCACCUAUUCUUACUCAGCUUUAAAUUCCUUGUGGAUGUCUUACGUCUGUGUCUUUAGUUCUUCCUUUCCUCGAGGUACCUCAAGUUCUACAAUCCAAAACCAAAUGCACCAUAUUCCCUCCAUCAAAACCAGAUCACUCUCUCAUUUACCCCAUUUCUCUCAACUGAGACAGAAUUCUACACGCUAUCCUUGAUAGAGUCAUCUUUGAUUCCCCAACCCCACAUCCAAUCACUCAAAGGGGAUUUUCAUCUUUCCUUCCUAUUACCUGCCUCAUCCUUCUCUUCCAUUGCUACCAUUACUGUUUAGGCUCUUACAUCUAUGUUAUUUUCUGCCUGGGUCUUCUGAUUUUUGUAACCAAACACCCCCCGAAGCCUACCAACCACCUCUCACAACACCACUUUCAUCUUGCCUAGCCUCUAUUCAGAAGUUAGAGGGCUCCCCACUCUUACAGAAUCAUAUCCCAGUCCCUUCACAAUCUCACCUCGGACUGCUUUUCCAUUCUUAUUUCUUACUGUUCUUGAAAAUAAACCCUUUGCUUGAGCCAGCCUGGUGUACAGCCUGUCUUCACCCAACUCCAAAACACCUGAUUGUGAAUUAAGGGUUUAUUAUGUAUAAAAUCCAUUCAUUCACUCAACAAACAUUUAGUGACUCUCUACUCUCUCAGGUAAUGUACUUAUGCUGGGAAUGCACUGGUGAACAAGACAGAUCAAGUCCAUGCCCUCAGGGAAUUUAGAGGCCAGUGGGUUACAGAGGGGACAGACAUCUCGGUCCCAUCGCAGGACACUUCCAAUCUCCCAGGAAAACAUCAAAUGAGUCAAGACGGCCCUAGAGGCUGGAUUCUGUGGCUCCAGCUCCAAGCGGAGAGGGAGUGUAGAAGAAAGGAAGGGCUGGCCGCCAUGGGAGCUGGAGUGGGGAGCAUGGCUUCCUUGAAGAUGUGGGACUCAACAGGCAUUAAAGAAGAAAAGGAUGGGCGUGUGAGCGAAGGGGAUGCCCUCCAUCUAAAGGGGUAUGAGGAAAGGAAGAAUGGUGGAAUGGAAACAGCAGCAGCAGCACUGGCUUAUUCUGAGCAAAGGUCAUUCAGCAGAGAACAUGUCCCUGCCAGGCCCCAGGCUCUGCUGUGGACAUGAAAAUGACAGACCUCACUCCUACCAUGGAGGGAUUUCCAUCCAGCAAGACUAAGGUAGACCCGUGCUGAUCUAUUACACUCCAGAGAGUGAAAUGUUCCAUUAGAGAACUGGAGAAAAUACAGAGGGAGUUCAGAAGGAGGCAUGUCGGGUUCCUGCAGCAGUAUUUAUAGAAGCACAUUAUUUUUAUACAGCCUACCUGCCUCUACUGAAAAUAGCUAUGUUCCAAAGUGUUUUCUCACUCAUUUUCUCAUUUUAUUUGAACUGACUGGUGAAAGCAGGCAGCGUAGUUAAGAUUGUUUUCCAGAUGAGCAAAGUGCAGCAUGAAUGUUUUAAAUGCUCUGCUUAGGUCACGAAUACAAACAGGCAAGAGUUGAACAAGAACACCCAGUCCAUCUCAGCCCUUUCCUGAAGCAGAAGUAUCCAGAGCAGAGGGCGCCCAUUAAAGAAGUUCUAUAAUUGCACCUGGCAGGUGGAACGAAGCCAAGCAGGCAGUCUCAAUUUAAAAGGGCGAGAUGCAGGUUCUGGAGAGGGAACAUGACCCAAUGACAGUCCUCCAUUUCUGCUUCUCCUCAAGUCCUGCCUGCUAACACCCCCACCCCGAGGCCUGUCCUUAAGGUUCACCCCCAAUUUUUCGGCCUACACUGUUUCUUUCUUCUACUGAUUUCACCCCGCUUUUCUCUCCAGGACAGCGCAGUAAGCCCAACCAGCACACUGCGCGGCUCGGGGAAGGUAGUUAAAUAUCGGUCCAAUGAAUGAAUUCCUGGGACCCCCACAGCUUGGUAAGGAUGUCUAGAGUUCUCAUAAUCCUCCCAGGGAAGUGGGCCGGAACGGGCCGCCCCCACAGAGGCUCCCCGACCGCGAGGAACGAUAGGGUGGGUGGAGGAAGCCUGACGGCCCGAGUUCCAGGGCCCCCGGGAAGCCGGCGCACCACCGCAGGCUCGAGUCCCCCAGCUGGAAGCCAGGGUUCCCACGCUUCCGCAAAAAGCGCUGCGUGAGAGCGUGAACCACUUUCCCGUCGAGAAAGUAGUGGAAAAAGACGCCGGGAGCGUGCUAGGCUCAGGAAGCAAGGAGCCCAACCCCGGGGGCCAAAGCCUCAGGAAGAGGGAGGGAGGGAGGAGGGGGAAGGAGCCAUUCGCGGCUCCAGCCGCGGGAAGAACCCGGGGCUGGAAGCAUCGCGAGAUCUGAGGUCGUGAUCUCGCUGCGUUGCCUAGCGACGGGGAGGACGCUCACGGGCCCCCAAGCUAACCCCCGCUGUAGCCUUAAAUCUCCUACCAUGGGGGAAGAAGGCGGCGGCCGCAGCUGUGGGACCACUAGGGAGCUGCAGAAGCUGAAGCAGCAGGCGUUGGAGUACUACCGGGAGAACGACGUUCCGCGCAGGCUGGAAGAGCUGCUCAACUCCACCUUCUACCUCCAGCCUGCCGACGUCUACGGGCACCUGGCAAACUGCUUUUCUAAACUUGCAAAGCCUCCCACCAUAUACAAAGUAGUGGGGAAAAAUGUACUGGAUGGCCUGGGGCUUCCAACCUUACAAGUGGAAAUAUUCUGCACCAUUCAAAAUUUUCCCAAGAGCAUAUGUUCUGUGGUGAUCUCAACUCACUUCGAAGUCCACGAGAACGCUUUACCUGAACUGGUAGAAGCGGAGGAAGUAGAAAGAGCGGAUGCCGUCAGCACGGCGGUGCGAUGGGUCAAUGAAACCAUCACCGAGGAGCUUCGGGGCAUCGAGCCCUCCAACCAGGCUGGUGUGGAUCAGGUGCUCAGGAUAUUCUUUGAAAAUAAAGUACAAGAAGAUAAGGAGAGAAAAGAAUUGGAGAAGAGUCUGGAAGACUCAACAGUGCCUGUACCUUCACCUCUAACACAACCACCCCCACCUCCUCUACCUCCAGACAAAAAAAAAGGACAAAAGCAAGGGAGGAGGGAUACUUUCACAGAAAAACCAAUUUUACCUCCAGAACCUGAUGAACAUGUACUCUGUGGCAGCAUGGCCAUAGGGGCUGUGUCACUGGCUGUUGCCAAAACCGGUGCCAUGCUGGACGGUAAUCCCCUAUACCUCAAUAUUGCACUACUGAAGCACCACCAGGAACAGCCAGCAAAGCUAACUCUACCUCUGCUGAUGGUCUCUCUGGUCAGCUGUGGGAAGGCAUCACCUGGGAAGCUGAAUCUGAUGAAAGAACUGAUUUGUAUACCCCACCCUGGAUUAACAGCCAAACAAGGUGUGGAGAUGCUUCUGGAAAUUCAGAAACAUAUUACCAAAACAAUUGAGAUGCCCCCUCCUCCAAAAACAGAGACAAAGAGAGGUCAUAACGGAGGCAAGAGAGGUCAACAGCAGAUCAUUGGCAAGAUGUCCCAUCUGGGCUGCUUAACCAUUAAUUAUGACACCAUAGAGCAGCCACUGCUUCUAAUACAAGGAAUCUGUGCAAACCUGGGGCUAGAACUGGGAAGGAAUCUGCAUCUAGCCAUCAACUGUGCUGCACACGAGCUGAUGGACUAUAGUAAAGGAAAGUAUGAAGUAAUGAUGGGAACCUACAAAAAUGCAGCUGAGAUGGUUGACCUGUAUGUGGAUCUGAUCAAUAAGUUCCCCUCAAUUAUUGCCUUGAUUGAUCCUUUCAGGAAGGAGGACUCUGAACCGUGGGACAGCAUCUAUGAUGCUCUCGGUGCCAGGUGUUACCUAAUUGCAGGAACUGCAUCCAAAAGCAUUUCUAAACUUCUAGAGGAUGGGAACAUCGGCGUCCUCAAAUACAGUGGGCUGAUCAUAAAACAUACAAAUCAAACUACGAUGUCUGACUUGGUGGAAAUAACAAAUCUUAUGGACAGUAAGAAGCACAUCGCUGUCUUUGGAAGUACAGAAGGAGAGUCAUCUGAUGACAGCCUUGUCGAUUUGGCUGUUGGACUUGGUGUCCGGUUUAUCAAAUUGGGAGGUCUUUCUCGUGGUGAACGGGUGACUAAGUACAACCGCCUCUUGACUAUAGAGGAAGAACUUGUCCAGAAUGGAACACUGGGUUUCACUGAAGAACACACAUUUUUCUACUUGAAUGAGGAAGCUGAAAAGGCUGCUGUGGCCGGUGAGCUGCCUGAGCCCCUGGAGCUCAUCUUCCCCACAGAAGUUUUGGAGGAAUCAACCAGAACAUGAGUAUCUUCUGGACAGGUCUGCACACCCCAGCUGUCAGCCAUACCACUGGUAUUACUAGACUGGUAGACCUGAAGGAUGUCUUCAUUUUGGUUUUGCUCUAAACUUCACUAAUGUGUGCUUUUUCUUCUUCUAAUUUCACUGUUUGGUGAAAUACAGAGACAGUAUUUUGCCUGAAAUGAUACCUUGAACCUUGUCUUCCAGCCCUCACAUGUCUAUGGGGAUUCUGUUUAAUAUACUAGCUCUUGUCCAUUCUGGAGAGUUGUGACCUAGUAAAAGCCCAGUAGUUUCAUUGCCAACGCCACAUUUAAAUUCAAACACCUUGUUCUUUACAAAUCAGAACAUCUCUAAAACAAAAAUCUUUUAUCCUAGGAGCUCUCUGCUAGGAAGAAGUGUACACCUUCUGUUUUUAUCUUACGUACUAGAAAAGUACAAACACAUUUUUGUAGCUAACCUUUCGCAGAAGUACGGGAGGUUCAUGGAUGUUUGUAAGAACCAAACAGCUUCCCUCACAUUUUUCUACCCUUUUCCCUCAUUCUCACCCUUUUCUAAAUUUUACUUUUUCUCUUAUUAUUUGUAUCCUGUGGGUCUCCUUAGAUCCAUUUGGGAACAAGAAUGAAUAAAUACAUCAAUGAAUGAAUAAAUAUUCUUAAGG